CAAAUUUUGUCGCCGACUCGAUCGCCUACUUCCGUACCCAUUUGCACCCCAACCAACACCAUCUGGAAGAGCAUUUUGACUUCUAGACAAAAUGACGAAGGGAACCUCGAGUUUCGGUAAACGGCACAACAAGACCCACGGCCUCUGCCGCCGGUGUGGUCGCCGUUCGCUCCACAACCAGACGAAGCAGUGCUCCUCGUGCGGAUACCCGGCUGCCAAGAUUCGCAAGUUCAACUGGUCCGAGAAGGCGAAGCGCCGAAAGACCACCGGAACCGGCCGCAUGAGGUACCUCGGUACCAUCUCCCGCAAAUUCAAGAAUGGGUUCCAGACGGGCACACCGAAGGGUGCCAAGGGGCCGCUGGCGCAAUAGAGGGGACAUGGAUUGAGGGAAGCCGAUCGGCCUGCAUUCGAUUUGGGGUGUCUAGGGGAGCAACGGGAUCGGCCUAUUCGUUUUCGCUGUUACAUCAGUCAUGAUUUCGCAAGGAACUAGGGUCUCGGUCGACUGGCCAAUGGUCGUCAAAAAUCAUACAGCAUUGGCACAAAGCACAAGCAGAAUCUGCUCUUUUGAGGGCUACGUCUGUGGUACUACCGUGUGUGUGAUCUGCGUUGGCGUCGAAAAUGCGACUAUCCGCAGUUUUGUCUCCGGGCUUUGCUUCAGCCUCAAGGAAGCAGGGGUAUCUGUCUAUAUGAUGUCUAUGAGUUGCUGGUAUCCGGCUCUACGGCGCCCCCAACCGAGUCUGCUACUGCCCGCGUU